AUGGCAGGCAAACCCAGGUUCGCGAUUCUGGAUGAUUACCAGAACAUCGCACCCAGACAUUUCGCUCAUCUGGAGUCUCGGGUGGAGAUCACGAGCUUCCCAGAGACACUCGACCCUAGCGAUCCUGUCCAGCAGAAGCAGCUGGUCGAGCGUCUUCAGCCUUUCGAUGUGGUGCUGGCGAUGCGUGAACGCACGCCCUUCUCCGCCGAUACGAUCAACGCGCUGCCCAAUCUGAAACUGCUUCUUACAACGGGCACUCGAAAUCUGUCCCUGGACUUGCAGGCGUUCACAGCCCGCAAGAUCCCCGUUGCCGGCACCGAGGGGCGCCCAAAGGGUGUCAAUUCGACGGUGCAACAUACCUGGGCAUUGAUUCUGGGCUUGGCACGACAUAUUGCCCGUGACGAUGCUGCCAUGAAGAAUGGCGAGUGGCAAGGAUCACUGGGCUUCAGUCUUUCAGGAAAGACACUGGCUCUGCUGGGCCUGGGGAAACUGGGCUCGCAAGUGGGCAAGAUUGCCAUCCAGGCUUUCGAGAUGAAGGUCAUUGCCUGGUCGACCAACCUGACGCAGGAGAAAGCCGACGAGCAAGCUCAAGCCCAAGGUCUUCCGGCUGGCAGCUUUAUUGCCAUCCCAUCCAAGGUGGAGUUCUUCCAGCAAGCAGAUGUAGUCAGCAUUCACAACGUUCUCUCAGAGCGAAGCCGGGGAAUCGUGGGAGCUGACGAGCUCAAUGCCAUGAAAGAGUCGGCGGUAUUGAUCAACACAUCGCGCGCGCCAUUAUGCGAUGAGAACGCGCUCCUUGACGCAUUGAAUCGGGGCGGAAUCCGAGGGGCUGCCCUCGACGUUCACUACACCGAACCUCUCAUUGUGGACAGUCCAUGGCGGACAACCGCCUGGGGCAAGGAUGGACGCAGCGAGGUUGUCUUGUCACCGCACAUGGGCUAUGGUGAAGAAGGACUCAUCAGUGGGUGGUACGAAGAGGUGGCAGAGAACCUGGAGAGGUGGCUGGAUGGGAAGGAGCUGCAAAAACCACUGAAUUGA